AUGGCCGCCAAUGGUACUUUCAAUCAACAAGACCAAUACAAGACAACCGAACAAUAUCCAGCUACUUCGGGUGCCGCUGGUUCCUCAACCGGAGGUGCUUCCGGUGGAGAGCUCUCCAAAGAUGAAGUUGGAUGGUACUUUGUCGAGCAGUAUUACACUACUUUAAGCAAAUCUCCAGAAAAGCUCCACCUCUUCUAUGGAAAGCCAUCUCAAUUCGUUUCUGGUGUCGAGGGAGCUCAAGCGCCAGUAUCUGUUGGCCGAGCUGGUAUCCAAGAACGUAUUCGCGAACUCGAUUUCCAAGACUGCAAAGUUCGUGUCACCAAUGUCGAUUCCCAAUCCUCCUUCGAUAACAUCGUCAUCCAAGUUAUUGGUGAAACUUCCAACAAGUCUGCCGAGCCCAAGAAAUUCGUUCAAACUUUCGUUUUAGCUCAACAAGCUACCGGUUAUUUCGUUCUCAACGACGUCUUCAGAUAUAUCAAUGAUGAGGGUGAAGAAGAACAAGUUGAGGCUACUGAGACCAAGGAGGAGUCUGCGCCAGCUCCAAUUGCUGAUGACGUCGAAAUGCCAGCUGCACCAGUCGCUGCGGAGGAAUCUGCAGCUCCAGAAGCUACUUUAGAUGCCGAGGUCGUUGACAAGAAGUUGGAAGAGACCAUUGAGGCUGGGCCCGCCACUGCCGAGCCAACUACAAACGGAGAAUCAACUGAGGCUGCUACCGAAGUUGAGGAGAAGCCAGAAGAGCCAAAAGCCGAGGAGCCAGCCCCUACACCAGAGGAAAUUGAGAAGGCUGUUGAUGAGGAAGUCAAGGAACCCGAAAAGCCAAAGGACCCCGUUCCAACCCCAGAGCUUUCCAGACAACCUUCUGCCGCCAAGCCAGCUCCCGUUCAACCAGCUACCCCAGCUAAGCCAUUGAGUUGGGCUGCCCGUAUUGCAGCUUCAGCUGGCACAGCACCAAAACCUGCUGUUCCAGUUGUGCAACCAAAGGCCGCCACUCCAGCUGCACAAAAGCCUGCUGCUGCCGCUCAACCAGCUGCUAAGCAACCAACGACCCCAGCAACAACCGCUGCUACUCCAGCCGCCGAGAAGAAGGAUAACUCACCAACAGGUUCUGCCGGAUGGCAAACCGCUGGAAGUGAUGCUAAGAGACAAAACAGACCUCAAUCUGUCUCUCAGCAAGCAACAGAAGACAAGGGAACUUUGGGAUACGUUCGCAAUGUCAACGCUUCAGUCAAGGACGAUGAAUUGCGCUCCAUCUUGAGCUCUUUCGGCGAGUUGGUCUACUUUGAUAUCAACCGCGCUAAGAACUGUGCUUUUGUCGAAUACGCCAAUGCAUCUGGCUACCAAGCAGCAGCUCAGGCUAACCCCCACAAGAUCGGCGAAGAAACUAUCUACGUUGAACCUCGCCGACCAAAGGCUUCUGCAUACGGUGGAAAUGGUUACUCUGGUGGUGGACGUGGUGGAAUGAACCAACGUGGCCGUGGUGGAUUUGAACAAGGUCGUCCUGGAAACCAAUCUCGAGGCAACUUUGGUGGAGCAAACCGUGGACGUGGAAAUGCUAAUGGACCAAGAGGAGGUCGUGGUGGUGCCACUCAAGCAGCUUAA